AAUUAUUGUUUUCAUUCAGUUUUUUUUAAGAAAAAUAGUUGGAAUUUUUAGAUUUUAUUUAUUUUUUUAAAUUAAAAUUCCAUUAUGGAAUUAAACGAAACACAUGUAGAAACUGAAGAGAGUCAGGAGGAUUCUAAAGAUAAGUCAAUCAAAAGGCGUAAUCCUUUUAGAGUGCAACAGCAGAAAGAGGAGAAAGAACGUCGUCAGAAAAAGCGUGCUCGACUCAUCGUCCGCAAUAUUAGUUAUAAAUCUACGGAGGAGGCUCUACGUAAACACUUUGAACAAUGGGGUAAAUUGGAAGAUGUGAAUCUAUUAAAACGAGCUGAUGGCAAACUUGUAGGCUGCGCUUUUGUACAAUACGAAACUAUUAAUCAGGCUACAAAGGCCAUAUUGCAAGGCAAUGGAAAAGAAAUGCUAGGUCGUAACAUAUUUAUCGACUGGGCCUUGGGUAAGAAUGAGUUUGUUGCCAAUAAGGGGGUAAAAGGAGAGCCGGAAGAAAAAAAACCAAAAUUGGAGGUGAAAGAAGAAGAGGAAAUAAAAUCAGAAAAGGAUGAUAAGGAAGAUGGUGAAGAUGGAGGUGACAGUGACGAUGGUGAUGAUAAUGGAGAAAAUGAUAGUGAUGUUGAAGAAGAGGAUGCAGAAGAUUCCCAAAAUGAAGAUGAUGAGGAAGACGAAGAUGACGAUGAAGAUAUUGAUGAUGACGAAGACGAAGAGAAAAAAGAUGUUAAAUCUGAAUUGGACAAUGUUAAGAAAGAAAAGCACAUUUCAAACGAUGUCCAAGAAGGAUGUACGAUCUUCAUCAAAAAUGUACCCUUCGAUGCUGAUGAUGGCGAUUUACGUAAAGUCUGCCGGAAAUUUGGUCCUUUGUAUUAUUGCAUUAUAAAUCGUGAUCAUAUAUCUGGUCAUUCAAAGGGUACUGCAUUUAUAAAAUUUAAGAGUAAAGAAUCGGCCGAUUUGUGUUUACAAGCAGGAACAGAAUUUGCUCUUAUGGACCAAGUUCUAGACCCCUUUCCAGCUCUUAGCAAAGAAGAGAUACGUCAACAACAAGCCGAAAAGGAUAAAAAGAGCGAUGGCAAGGAUUCGCGAAAUCUGUAUUUGGCUAGAGAAGGUCUUAUUAUGGCCAAUUCAAAAGCUGCGGAAGGUGUUUCGGGUUCCGAUAUGAAUAAGAGACAUAAAUUGGAACAAAUCAAAAUACAAGUUUUGAAAAAUUUAAAUAGAUUCGUUUCUCGCAAUCGUUUGUCUAUACACAAUUUACCUCUCAACUAUGACAACGAAAAUCUAAAGGAUAUGGUUGUAGCCUAUACGGGUUUUAAACCCCACGAGUGCCGAGUAAUGCGUGAAAAUAAAGUAACUCCUGAACAUCCCAAAGGCAAGUCGAAAGGUUUUGGUUUUAUGUCUUUCAAUAGUCAUCAAGAGGCUUUGACAGCUUUAAGGAAACUAAACAACAAUCCCAAAAUGUUUGGUACCCAACAUCGUCCCAUUGUUGCCUUUAGUAUUGAAGAUCGUGCAGUUCAUAAGGUUAAAGAAAAACGCGAGGAGAAGUCUAAAAUUAAUAAUCCUACCUUCAAGGAUAAGCUCGAAAGACGCAAAGCUGUAAGACAACAAAAACGUGAUGGCAAAUUACCUCUUAAAUCGCUUCCCAAAGGACCACAAACUGAUGAUAAAAAUAAGCUCAAGAAACACAUUAAGAACCUUGAAGAAUCUAGAGCGGCUAAGAAUAAACAAAACAAUAAACCUUCGCCCCACAUUGAAGAUAAUUAUGUCGGCACAGAGGCAAAACCUGGUACUGCUUUACGUAUGCGUUCCUUCAAAAAGAUCAAAGAACAGUCACAAGAUCACAUGAAACGUGUCCAGAACGAUAAGAAAAAGAAGAAACAGCAAAAAAUUAAACAAAUUCACUUGGCUGAGAGAAAAGCGGAAACAAGACCAAAACAGGGUCGUAAAAUGGAAAGGGAUGAUCUAAUGCCAUUGGUAAAUAAAUACAAGCAAAUGUUGGAUAAACGGGCCAAUGAAGGAGGUACUGGACCGGUUAAUACAGGCAAAAAACCGAAGCGCACUAAAUGGUAUCAAGAGUAGUUUAAUAGUAGAUUUAGCUACUUAUUUAAUGUGUUAAUUGUUUUAGUGUAUUUUGUAAAUACAAAUGAAAUUAUAAAAAACCCACAUAAAAA